AUGGCUCCUCAAGAUUACCUUGCCCCGAAUCCUGAUCCACACAUGUGUCACAUCACAUAUAGUAUCGGGAGUGUUUUAACAAUGGUUGGCAUCACAAUCUCAGAACUCAUCCUGAUCCUACGUACAUAUGCUCUUUACGACCGCUCUCGAAAGUUCUUCUAUUUUUUUGGGUUCCUCUGGGUGAGCGGAACAGGGGUUGCGAGCUGGGCUGUGGCCGUCUUUGUCCAGUCUAUUGUUUUCGAACGACGGGCAAACCCCAAGAUUGCGGGAUGUUACAUGGCGGUCGUGAAUCCUGUUGUCUUCAUAUGCUUCAUGGCUUUGUUUAUUGUCGAGACAUGGUUCACUCUAUGGAAGGGCUUUCGUAUAUGGCGGCAAGUCAGAAUGAGCUCCCUCCUUGCCACAUUCUACAAGGAUAGCAUCUUGUUCUAUCUUGCCAUCUUUCCUUUGACCAUCGGCAAUAUCAUUGUAUUCCUCACGGCACCUGAUGAACUACUUGAUCUCCUCGACACGAUGACCCGUGUAUUUCACAGUAUAUUUGCAUGUCGCAUCCUCUUACACCUCCGCUCGGCUGCUAACAGUCGCCUCCUGAGCUCAACAAUGGAUGCUGUUCGGUCGAAUCUUAGUAUUGGGCGCUUUAGAGUAAAUGCUGGGGCUAGAGAUUUGCUCAACAAUAUAGGGGGUAAUACCAGAUCGGACGAAGAUGCACAUGGCAAUUUUGAGCUUGCGGAGAUGUGGAGAUAA